CGCCACGUUCAAAUCAGCUCCCCCUAUGGUCCUCAUCCUCGUCGGCCUCAUCGGCUCUGGUAAAUCCACAUUCGCCGAGGCACUGCAGCGCGAGCUCCCUUCUUUUGUUCGCUGCUCCCAAGAUGAGCUCGGGAACAGGAAAAAGGUCGAGCAGCUCGCGCGCGAGUCGUUAGCCCAGGGACGCUCGGUAUGCAUCGACAGGACGAACAUGGACGCGCAGCAACGAUCGACCUGGAUAGCCAUCGCGCGCGAGAAUCGCGUCGAGCCAUGGGUACUAUACUUCGACACCCCAUACGACUCUUGUCAACAACGUAUCCGAACACGCACCGACCACCCGACCAUCACAGACCCCGCCCAGGGUCUAUCCGUCCUCGCCCGCUUUCGCAACACCUACGAGCCACCCAACCCCCGUGAAGGUUACACGCGCUACCUUGCGCUCUCUCCCUCUCCCUCUAGGUCCUCCCCCUCCAGCACCAACCCAACCAACGCGCCCUCUCCUCGAGUGCACUCGCUCCCCUCCUACACGAAGCAGGACCUGCUCGCUAUCCUCUCCGUCCUCCAAAGCUCGCCCCCUCCGCUCAACCCGCAGACCAGCCUGGACCGCUACUUCGCUCCAAGAUCAGGUCCUCACGCCCACGCCCACUCCAACCGCGGCGGCGACCACCCUCGAGCUCGGCCUCGCGGGGGCGGCCGGGGGUCACCGUACGCGUCCCGAUCGCGAGGACGGCCCACGACAUACGAUGGCUCGGGCCGCGGGCGAGGGCGAGGGCGAGGUGGGGCGCCGUAUGGGACGCCGUAUGACCGACCUCAGGAGUCGGACACGGGUUGGCGGCGCGGUGCCAGUAUCGGGAGCAGAGCCGGAGCGCCGUCCCGAAACGGCGCCGGUGUCGUCUGAGAACACGCAUGGGCAUCCCCCACCGCCCGCGAAUGAUAGCGCUCAUGGUCAGUCGCUGGGUCAUGGCUCGCGGGACGAACCCAUCGAACUAUCUUGAAUCAAUUCCUCCAUAUGCUCGGACACACCGGCCCCUCAGAAGUGGCGGUGUAUUCAU